AUGCGCAGAGCGAGAAGAAAAACUGCUAGCACGUUUUAUGGUGGCCACCAGACACAAUCCGAAAAAUCUGACCGCUUACCGCAUAUAAUCUACACACGGAAGUUUAGGAGCCUUUUACGCGAGUGCACUCGACAAAGCUCGACUGGGAUGACAAUCCACCUCAGGACUUAUGUGAUCGCUGGUCACGUUUUACAGAUUAAAAACUUUUGUCAGCGAUCGCGUUGUAAGCAUUCAAGAAGGAGUUCCUCCUAG